AUGUCGACAAAGACAGAAUCAUUAGUAAUGUUAAUAAACAUUGGAGUAACAUGUCCUAAUACACAAAAUAAUCCUUCAUUAUUGGAGAAAGCAAAACAUAUUGCUAAACGAAAAAUUGAGAAAAUGAUUUUCUUUAGGCCAAAAGAUGAAGUUGCAGUACUUUUGAUGGGUUCUUCCAUUACAAAAAAUAGUUUGAAUACAGAACAUGUAGAAGAAUUUGCUGAUUUUCAAAUUCCAAAUUGGGCUUUAAUAGAGCAACUUAUGGCUUUACAAGGCACAAAACAUUGUUCCAAUUGGGUGGAAGCACUUUAUGCUGGAGUGGAAUUCAUGAAAAAAAAUGUUGUUGAUGUUUCCAUGCGAAAAGUCAUUUUAAUGUCAGAUUUUAAAGAAGAAGGAGAUAUUAUUUCGCAAUUUCAGGCAGAUAAAAUUGCAAAAAGGCUUACUACAGAGAAAAUUGAAUUAAUAACAAUAGCAGAGAAAUCACUGGAUGAAAGGCCUGCAAGUUCUCUUGAAAUUAGUGAAAGUCUUCUUAAAGUUUUGCAUAAAAAGAUUGGUGGUGAACACAUAACAUUUGAUAAUGCUAUAUCAGAAUUAAGAUUCUACAUGAAGGCACCUACAAAACCAUCUCCAUUCUAUUUCACUUUAGAAUUAGUUGAUAAAGAAAUACCAAUUGUUAGUUAUAUUAAAAUAGAUGAAUCAAAAUUUCCAUCAUGGCAAAUGGCUAAAGGUAAUCAAAAAGUUGUAACAAAAACACAAUAUUUCGAUAGACAGAGAAAUUUAUAUGAGGAGGAUAAGAUUGUAGCAGGAUAUAAAUAUGGAGAGACUUUUAUUCCAGUUGAAAAGGAAUUGAAGGAGAGUAUGAGCUACAAAAGUGGCGAGAAAUGUUAUAGAAUUCAUAGUUUUACCCAUAGGAAUAACAUUCAUUUGGAAUAUAUGUAUGGAAGUGCACAUAUUAUUUUACCUUCAAACAGAGAAAAAAAUGUAGCACAAUCAUUUUAUAGUUUGGUACAAGCACUGCACGAGACAAAUUCAGUUGCUGUGGCAAGAAAAGUUUAUAGAAAUAAUUGUGCGCCUAGAAUGGUGGCAUUGUUUCCUUGUAUAGAUAUUCCUGAUGAGCCAUGGUGCUUGGUAGAAAUAGCUUUAGCAUUUGCAGAAGACCGCCGAAUAAUGGAAGCGAGUCCCAUUAAAUCCGCAAUUAAAAAAUUGACAAGUGAACAAAAUGAAGCUGUAGACAAUUUAAUAGAUUCGCUGCUGGUUUCUGAUACAGAAGAUAGUUAUGAAAUAGAUGAUGGAAGUCAGUAUUUUUUACCAGGAUGUGUGCCAGAUCCUGCAGUACAACACAAAUGGCACAUGUUAUCCUAUCGUGCCAUUAAUCCAGAUAAACCAUUACCACCUAUGGAGGAUUAUUUGAAAGAAAUUUUUGAAGUUCCAUCGAUAAAAGAUAGAAGUAAAUGCCACUUGCAGAAAAUUGCACAGCUGUUUCAGUUAGAAAGUAUAGAUCCGAAGGCGGAACAAAAAGAUGAAAUAAAAAAGAAAGGAGUUAAUAUGCAAGUUGAUGAUAACAUUGAGAUAAAAAAUCCUCUUAAUAUAGAGAAUAAAGGUGAUAUCGAAAAUGAAUCGUCUCAGGAGUUUUUAUCCCUGGAUACUUCAGACAUUGAUCUGGAGGAACUGGUAUAA